AUGUUGAUCAAGAAAAGCCAAGAGGCCAAGGGAUGUGCCUAUUCUCCAUACACCAAGUGUUCAACAGGUGCCGCCCUGCUGACUGAGAAUGGGAAAACAUUCACAGGCUGCAGCAUCGAAAACGCCUGCCCGGGGAUGUCGGCGUGCGCGGAGUGCGUUGCCAUUUACAAGGCCGUCUCCGAAGGCUGCACCAAGUUCAAGUCCCUGGCGGUUUGCAGUGACAGAAGGGACUACACACCCUGUGGUGGCUGCAGGCAGGUGCUGAGAGAGUUUGGAGACAAGACAGAGGUCCACAUGACCAUGCAGGAUGGGAGCCGCAAGACCAUGACAAUUGCCGACCUCCUGCCACUGCCCUUGGGAAAGUAA